AUGCCUAAACAAAUCCAAGAUAUCAAGUUAUUUCUAGAGGUUUCUAGAAGGAAGGAUGCAAGAUCAACUCGUAUUGUUAAGGAUAAAAAAAAAGUUAAAUUCAAGAUUCGAUGCAGUAGAUAUCUUUAUACACUUGUUGUGAAUGAUCCCGAGAAGGCGGAGAAGUUAAAACAGAGUUUGCCUCCUAAUCUUCCCAUUAUUUAA